GAGAAUCUUGAUAUUUCCCUGCAACAUUUCCAAUAAACUGGCGCCCUCGAUCAUUUCCACUUUAUUUCAGUUCCUUUCCCCCCAAUACUCCUCCCAAACACCUUUAUCAAAGCCCUCGUGUUCUGUAUCCAACCUUGACCCACAGCGUUUAGAUUAUUUAAUCACAUUACGGAGUACAGAGUAUUCAUUCCUCCAAUCCGGCCAAGCCGACGACAUUCACACUGCUGCGUAACGACAAAUGCGCGCAAGGAUUUCCGAUACAGGUUGAGUGCCGUCAAGGCCAGUUUACGUCCAAUAGACUCGUUCGCUCGACGCUCCAGUUCGGACCCUUCUUCCCGCAUGGAUGACGUCGACUCCGGCCAGCGAGGGUGAUAUUGGUAGGAUUCACAGAGACAGGUCUGUCGGGCCAAGCCCAGGCUGUUCUUUGCAUCAACGACGUAGCUCAGCCCAGGAGGAAUUUCGGAGGGCGGCUUCCUUGUCCACUUCGUCGGAACACCGUGUAGAAUUUGACGACAAUCGCCACGCCUUCCGUACAAGUCUAUCCGGAGACGACCAGACAGACGACGAAAUGGCUCUUGCCCGCCCGUCGAUAAGUCGCCAGGCCGAGAGCCGGAGCAACGUGCCGUUGUUGAAAGAUGAGCGUCGUGGGCGGCAGCAGAAUGUACCAUUUGUUAGAGGAGCGGAUAGCAGGGCUGUUUCCAACGCGAGCAGGAGAUCUUCCUUCAGAAGCAAAACUCCAGACUACGAUUCUGAGCGAGCCACUCGCCGGAAAUACGUAAUUGCUUCUUUCUUUCUCGUUCUGAGCCUGAUCAGCUUCACUGUUCAAACGCAGACAGCCGUGUUCAUUCAACAGGAGCUCGGAUGGGAUAAACCAUAUUGCAUGCUCUACAUGACGCAUGGCUCUUGGGUCUGCCUAUGGCCGGUGCAACUCCUUAUCCUUCGAAUCCAAAAGCGACAUUUGUCAUGGGCUGCGUUCUGGCGUCGACACGUCUAUCUUUUACGGACCACUGCACAGAUGGUAGAAUCUCAGGAUCUCCAUCUUACCUCUCGCGAAUCUCACAAGUCCCCUAUUCCCUAUAUAAUCAGAACGACUGCAAUCGUGACCACGGCUCUCACAGUUGCCGGAGGGUCGUGGUACGUUGCUGUCAACUUGACCACGGGGAGCGACUUGACUGCGAUUUACAAUUGCUCUGCUUUCUUCGCAUAUGCGUUUUCGAUUCCCCUAUUGAACGAUAAGCUGCGCUUCGAUAAAGUCUUCUCGGUCGGUGUCGCCAUAAUCGGGGUGAUAAUCGUCGCAUACGGCGGCGGUCACCCCGACGGUAUCCCACCCUCCGAAACGGAAGCCGAAAAGGCGUCCAAUCGUACUCUAGGGAACCUUAUCAUCGGCGCUGGAAGUGUGCUGUAUGGCCUUUACGAGGUUCUCUACAAGAGAUUGGCCUGUCCCCCUGAAGGCACCAGUCCCGGACGUGGCGUCAUUUUUGCGAACACAUUCGCAAGUUUAAUCGGGAUUUUUACGCUCCUCGUGCUUUGGAUCCCUCUGCCGAUCCUUCACGUAUUCGGAUGGGAGACGUUUGAAUGGCCACAAGGAGAAGCAAGGUGGCUUCUAUUCAUCUCAACUAUCUCUAAUGCCACGUUUUCGGGUUCCUUCCUUGUCCUUAUCUCACUUACAUCGCCCGUCCUCUCCUCCGUCGCCGCCCUCCUGACCAUCUUCCUCGUCGCUCUUGUCGAUUGGAAGUGGAACAACAAAGAACUCAGUGGUGCGUCGAUAACAGGUGGAAUCCUUAUCAUCAUUGCAUUCUUGCUAUUGAGUUGGAGUACCUAUCGGGAGAUGGACGAAGAGAGGCGACGAAGAUUAGAGGAGGAGGGGUCGGAUGCAGAGACCGACGACUAA